CCUACCGGAGGGCGGCAGGGGGCCGCCGCCCCCGGCCCACGGCCCAUCUCCUAGCUUCCCGAAGCAUCCACCGCAUCGGAGAGAGAAGAGAGGAGAACGGCGACGCCUCGUCGUUGCGGGGAGGAAGCUUCUAGAAGCGUCUCGAAGAUGCUGUCCUCCCUGUCGGCGUGGCUGGUGAACCCGCGGCGGAACCCGCUGGCCCGCCUCCACAUGAACGCCGUCGCUUCCCGCCUCCGCAAAUACGGGCUCCGGUACGACGACCUGUACGACCCGUACCACGACCUCGACAUCAAGGAGGCGCUGGGGCGGCUGCCGCGGGAGGUGGUGGACGCGCGCAACCAGCGCCUCAAGCGCGCCAUGGACCUCUCCAUGAAGCACCAGUACCUCCCCGCCGAUGUCCAGGCGAUACAGACACCAUUCAGAGGCUAUUUAUCUGACAUGCUUGCUCUGGUGAAAAAGGAGGCUGCAGAGCGUGAAGCAUUAGGAGCACUCCCCCUGUACCAGAGGACCAUUCCGUGAAGUGCCUACUUCGUAGGCCCGUUUUAUAAUUUUCGUAAUGUAUGAAAGUGCAUGCAAUAAAAUGCAGGAUAGAUGAUACUGUACCAUGUGUAAGGCUCAAAUCCUUGUUGUGUAUGCUUAUGUGAAGAUCCCCCGGUACCUUCAGUUCUCCAUAGAUACUUUUUGGUAUGACAACCGA